UUUUUUCCUUCUUCUAAAGAAAAGGCUCAAAAUUAGCUGUAAGAGUUUGGUCUAUUGUCUAUCGCAAACCCUAGGUCAUGGCUGGGAUGUACAAUCAAGACGGCGGCGGAGGUGCGCCUCUUCCUUCCUACGGUGGUGAUGGAUACGGCGGAGGUGGAGGUUAUGGAGGCGGUGAUGCUGGAUAUGGAGGACGCGGUUCGUCUGGCGGAGGUGGAUAUGGCGGACGCGGUGGCUACGGCGGUGGCGGGGGUAGAGGAAAUCGAGGCGGUGGCGGAUAUCAAGGCGGUGGUGGCGGCGGCAGAGGUGGUGGUGGCAGAGAUGGUGGCGGCAGAGAUGGAGAUUGGCGUUGCCCUAAUCCGAGUUGUGGGAACGUGAACUUUGCAAGGAGAGUUGAAUGUAACAAGUGUGGUGCACCUGCUCCUUCUGGAACUGGUGAUCGAGGAGGUGGUGGGUAUAGCCGAGGUGGAGGUGCCAGUGACCGUGGAGGUGGUCGUGGAGGUAGAAAUGAUAGUGGUAGGAGCUAUGAGAGUAGUAGAUAUGAUGGUGGCAGUAGGAGCGGUGGUGGCUCUUAUGGUAGUAAUAGUCAACAUAGGGAUAAUGGCUCUUAUGGCCAGGCUCCUCCUCCACCUCCUGCUGCAGCGAUUCCAUCUUACGAUGGUUCUGGCAGUUACCCUCCACCCUCGGGGUAUGGAAUGGAAGCGGUUCCUCCGCCUUCAAGCUAUGCUGGUGGGCCCCCGUCAUAUGGUGGUCCUACAGGGGGUUAUGGCGGUGAUGCACCGAGCAUCGGUGGUCGGGGUGGUAGAGGUGGUGGCUAUGAUGGUGGUAAUGCUCCUCGACGCCAGGAAGCUAGUUAUGGAGAAGAAGGUGCUGAAAAAGUCAAGCAGUGCGAUGCGGAUUGUGAUGAUACUUGUGAUAAUACCAGAAUAUACAUCACUAAUUUACCUCUGGAUGUGACAACUGAUGAACUCAAGGAUCUCUUUGGUGGCAUUGGCCAAGUUGGAAGACAGAAGCAAAAGCGGGGUUAUAAAGAUCAGUGGCCCUAUAACAUCAAGAUAUACACUGAUGAGAAGGGAAAAAAUAAAGGUGACGCCUGUCUGACUUAUGAAGAUCCUAGCGCCGCACACUCUGCAGGCGGCUUUUUCAACAAUUAUGAAAUGAGGGGGCACAAAAUUGGUGUAUCUAUGGCAGCGAAGUCUGCACCCCGUGCUCCUGCGUUUGACCAGAGAGGUGGCGGUGGUAGAGGAGGAGGAGGUGGAGGAGGGGGUGGCUAUGGUGGGGGAGACAGAAGAAGAGAUAACUAUGGGUCAGGGCCAGACAGAAACUACCAUGGUGGAAACCGGUCUCGUCCAUAUUGAGAGAAAGAGAGGAAACAAUGAAUCAGCUGUUAUGUGUUCAAAGAGUUUGUGUAUGUUAAGAGGGUGGGGGAUUUUAGUAAAAUGUUGCGUUGAUGAGGGGAAUUGUUCUAUGAAUCAUCAUCAUAUAUUGAGGAUAAAAAAAGAGAAGGAAGUGGAAAAUUAACUCCAAAAUGCAUUGGAAAUUGGUGGGUAAAGUAGGGUUCAUGAUCAUUUCAGGUGAGUGCAUUCACCUUUCACUUCCCCUUUCGACAGCACUCAUAUGUUUCAUCUUGUAAUAGGCAUUGACUUGCAAACCACACUACCCUAUACAAUUCGUAGAGAUAUUAUUCUCUUUUCUUGUUUCUUCCUUUCUUUUUUGUUAUGAGAAACCGAUCAUGUAUUCCUUUUUAAUUUUUUGGGCAAACAGGCAUGACAAGUUAACAUCCAAAUUUCUGUAAGACCCAACCUGUGUUUUUUCUCACUU